GCGCUUUCUAUUCCGCGUCUAUACACCUCGAUCGGACGGCUUCACGGAUGAGACAAGAGCAUCCUCACGAGAUGCUGCGUUAAAAAUACCUGGGAGCAACAAGGAUAUUUUCGCCACCAAAACUCGGGCAGUGACUGCAAGACUCAUUGCAGACCACAUGUGGUGGGCAAGAGACCAAGGAGAUGCACGAAGAAGGGACAACUUAGUAUCCUGGUCCAGUAGCAUGUUGUUUCUUAUCCGCUACAUAUUCUACAGGCAUUACGACAUGGACGACAAGUCUUCUCUCGACGAUAUUCACCUGCUCGUGGUAGACACUAAAGCGUUACCCGCAGACACAUUCAUCCGGGAUACCGACCUUAUCUCGGCGUUCGAACAGUUCGACAGCCGCGCAACGAGGGGGCUUAAACAAAUGGCCAAGCAACGUGAAGGCGUUUUAUACUUUGGCGAAUACCUGUCGCAGGGCACUCUCCGACUCGAUGACAAAUGCAGCACGGUCUCCGCUCACGUGUUGAUCUACAAAGGCCUCUUGCAUCUACACGACGGCUUUCAAAGUGCACGCGAUGGCGAGGAUGCAGGUCGGUGGGUCAUACCGGUCCAAAAAAUGCGAGAUACGAUACAGAUAGCUCGGGAAAAGCAGCCGGCGUCGCUUGAGCUGCUGGACGAUGCCCUUGACAUUGCGUCAGAGUAUGGUAUGCACUGGCGACUUCCUAUCGCUAUUCAACUCCUAGCAUUGCUGCCAGAACGUCUAGAGUGCAGCAAAGUCCUGGAAAGAAUAUUGCAUCGAAUGAGUCCGAGCGGUAAGCGACAUUGCAAGUUUGUCGACAGAUGUUGA